AUGCGCUUCACCCUCAUUCUUGCUCUUCUCCCCGCACUGUCGGUCGUCUUGGCUGACGACGACAUGGACUCGCCGAUGGGCUCCAAGGAGUUCGUGCCCACGUGGGAGUUCGAGCCGUUUCCGGGCGAGAAGGUCGUCCUGAACGGGACCAUCGAGCAGGUCGUUGCCGAGCUCAAGGAGAUCAACCCGGACUACUCGCCCUUCUCCUCCGACUCCCUGGCCCAGGCGGACGCGUCUUUUUUAUCGUCUACGGUCCAACUGCCCGAGAUCUACCCGCGAGACAAGGUCCUGUGCAACAUGCCCAAGUGGGGGUUUGUUGACACGUACUCGUCGGAUCGCGGCUAUAGCCACCUGUUGGGCGUGAGGGGUCGUCCUCGCGGCGAUCCCGGUCCGGGGAACUGCGGUCGGGUGAGCUGCGGCUACAAGGCUGCCGUCUGGUUCUGCAACGACAACAAGCGCCACAUCGUGCUCGACAACUUUCAAGAGAUUGCCCAUAUGGUCGGGUUCAUCAAGUAUUACUGCUCGGCCAACUCGCCGAGCAAGUUCAACGGCCAGGCCUUCCACCAGACCGGUAACUGGAACGUUGUACUUCGAAGAGCGAGCUGCUAA